UUGUUUACUUCACUUGUCUGUCUCUCUCCCUUGCCAUCCAUCUAUCCCUCCCUUUUCCUCUCUGUCUCUGCUCUCUCUAUGUCACUACAUUCUACAGAGAGAGAAAGGUGUAUGGUGAUAUGCAAGGAGUUUGAGAUUUUAUGUUCUUUGAUGGUAUGACGAGAAGAGGACUCAAUCUCUUCUUCUUUGAAGAAGAUGGCUUUGCACUUAGAGGAGGACCAACAGCUUUUCAACCCAGCAUUCGUUUUUGAUGGGUUAUACUGUGAAGAGCAGGGCCUUGAGGGAGAUUAUGUUUGUGGUGACAAUGUUAGUGAAGUUUAUGAUCAGAUUGUGAGGAAGGAGUCACCUCUUUCUCGUGUUUUGUUUGAACAAGACCUGUUUUGGGAAGAUGAUGAGCUACUUGCUCUAUUCUCUAAAGAAAAAGAGACCCACAUUUGUUUUGAUAACGUUGUCUCUGAUGGGUCUUUAAUGACAGUUCGUAAAGAAGCUAUUGAUUGGGUUUUGAGGGUAAAGGCUUACUAUGGGUUCACUGCCUUGACCGGCGUUCUUGCCGUAAACUAUUUUGAUAGGUUCAUUUCAACUUUGAAGUUUCCAAGAGAUAAGCCUUGGCUGAGUCAACUUACUGCGGUGGCUUGUUUGUCUCUGGCUGCCAAAGUGGAGGAGACCCAAGUGCCUCUUCUUUUAGACUUGCAAGUGGAGGAAUCAAAGUAUGUUUUCGAAGCCAAGACUAUAAAGAGAAUGGAGCUUCUGGUGCUCUCUACUCUUCAGUGGAGGAUGAAUCCUGUGACGCCAAUUUCCUUCUUUGAUCACAUUAUAAGGAGGCUUGGACUAAAGAAUCAAUUACAUUGGGAAUUUCUUAGGAAAUGUGAGCGUUUACUUCUCUCUGUCAUUUCGGAUUUGAGGUUCAUGAAUUAUCUUCCUUCUACAUUAGCUACUGCAGCUAUGCUGCAUGUUAUUAAGGAGGUUGAGCCGUGUAAUCAAGUGGAGUACCAGCAUCAACUUAUGUCUGUGAUCAAAAUCCAUGAGAACAAAGUGAAUGAGUGUUACAAGCUCAUUUUGGAGCUAUCAGGCUGUGAAAAUCGAAGCUGCAAGCGAAAGUAUCUGUUGACACCCAGCAGUCCAAAUGGAGUCAUUGAUGCAUACUUAAGCUGUGGUAGCUCAACAGUCUCUUCAUCAUCAGUGUCUCGGUUCAAAAAGAGUAGAACCCAGGAUCAGCAGAUGCGGUUGCCCUCAGUAAAUCGAAUGUUUGUGGAUUUUCUUAGCAGUCCUCAUUAAUAUUUACUUCUAUUAUCUACUACAAACAUGUCAAUAUACAUUUCUCUGUUUUGCGUAUUAAUUGUACUAUGCAACUCUUGGUGCGGAACCUUUUGUAUUUCAUCUCUCAGUCGAAAUAGAAAUGAGAAAUUCACUCUGUGACCUCUUUGUUGGCAAUGGAAUGAGGAAAUUGAUGUUGUUUUUUCCA